UUUGGGUGGGGGGGGGCACCAGACGAGAUCGACUCUUCUAAAACCCUAAUGUAAAAAAUUCCAAAUCUCAUCUCUUUUUUUUUUCUCUCUGUAAAUUCACUCUCUAGUGAAGGGGGAAGGAAGAAGAAGACGAAGAUCUCGAGAUGCCUCUGUACGAUUGUAUGCUUCUGUUCAAGCCGGUAAUACGGAAGGAGGGUCUGAUCGAGCUCGUUGCGCGCAUAGGGAAACACGUGUACAGCAGAAAUGGCGUCCUCACGGAGGUCAAAUCCUUCGGCAAGGUCGAAUUGGGUUACGGCAUCAGGAAGCUCGACGGAAGACACUAUCAGGGACAACUGAUGCAGAUAACAAUGAUGGCGACACCAAACAUGAACAAGGAGCUUCACUACCUCAACAAGGAAGACAAACUCCUGCGCUGGCUCCUCGUUAAACACCGCAACAUCAAGAUCGGAGCAUCUGAAAUGGAAGAUCGUCAGGACGAGUCUAGCAGAGUUACUAAUAAUAGGAGCUUGUAUGAUGAAUCCUCGACGGACGAAGAAGACGAUAUCUUAGUCUUAAGGCGAUGAGGAGAAGCAAGAAGUCGUUUACUCUCAGACCACAGAGAGUGUCCUUCAUCUUUGUCUUAUGGGUUAUUGGCCGAUAAACGCCACAUGUAUUGACACGUCAUCUUUGCAUGGGCAGAGCGCGUCUCUGUUUUUAGAACUUGAUUUUUCGUUAUUUUUAUUUUUAUUUUUUAAAAAUAGAGGUGAUCGUUGGUGAUAAACAUGAACAAAACACUUGUUGUUGUUCUA